UGGCAAAGUUAAAGAAAAAUAAAACACAACCCUUAAAUUAGUAUUGACAAUCAUCAUUAAACCCCCAAAUUUAAGACAUAACUUUUCUUUCUGGUCAAGUCUUGAAAAUUCGUCAAAAAGAAGAAAACUCAAAAACUCUCUCGCAGCUGCGACAAGAAAUGGACGCGACGAUAGGAAAAGCUUUUGAUUCCGUUUCCAGCUUCUUCUCCGGCGCUGCCUCUGUCUUCGCCGAUGAGUUCCCCUUGUGCGACGCCGACAUCAUCUCGGGAUGUGAGAAAGAGCUGGCAGAGGCUCAGAGAGGCCAAGACGAAGGGCUUAGGAAGGAAUGCAUCAUGCGCUUAUCGUGGGCUCUUGUUCAUUCAAAGACACACGCGGAUAUACAGCGUGGGAUAUCAAUGCUUGAAGCUGCGGUGGUUAGUGAUACAAGUCCAAUGAAUCUAAGAGAAAAGCUGUAUCUUCUUGCUCUUGGUUACUAUCGUAGCGGCGACUUUUCAAGAAGCCGGGACUACAUAGAACGGUGUUUGGAGGUGGAACCAGAGUGGAGACAGGCUCAGACGCUUAAAACGGCUAUAGAGGACCGUAUAGUGAAAGAUGGUGUUAUUGGGGUUGGAAUUGCUGUUACUGCUGUUGGGAUUGUUGUUGGUAUUGCCACAUCCUUAAUACGCAGUGGCUGAGAAGGAAAGAACCUGUACAUAUGUGCUGGUCUUCAGUGAGUUUGUUUAGAUUCUUUGAUGGCUUUGGAAGAAGUGUCAAAACAGAUGACUUGUAAUUCUAGUUCUACCAUGAAUAUAGAUAAACAACAUUACUCAUCUGAGGAAGCAUCAUAAUACAUACAGUAACUUUAUUGUUACUUCAGCAGAAAUUAGAAGAAAUACUACUCUUAUCAGGUUUUAAUUUCAGUAUGAACUCUAGAUUCGUACAUGUCCUAGCAAGGCUAGAAGAAAAGCCUCUUGAACCAGUCACUGGCUCACUGCUUUGCUCUAUGCCCUCAACCCCAUGUCCUCUUUUC